CCAUUUCCCAGCAGGAAAGAGGAAGGGGCUUUGUAGUCCUUCCAAGCCUCCCCCCCUUUUCUUCCUGUCAGGGGCCCAGCCUGGGGGGGCUCCCACUCGAGAAGCAAAGCAAAGAGGCUCCCUGUGGGCCUGUGGACACUCCUUUUCCAGGAUUUUCCCAAAAGGAAAUAACUUCAAAUACAGAAGUGAUUAAAUAUGGACCAGUAUCAUCUCAAUGAUGACAGCUCACUCCAUUCUGAAAUUCAGCUCCCUGAAUUUUCUGGGAACCAGACUUUGGACUGUAGCGAUACAUUCAGCCAUGAUCUUUGUCCAGAUAUGAGAGACAUGAUUUAUGCUGGACUGAACAAUCUGGAUGUGGAUCCCAGCCUUUCAACGACAAACAUAAACAGUGAUUCAUUGGAAGACAACCUGGACACCUUGUCUUUGUAUUCAGUAAGAGACUGUGACUCUGCUAAACUCCUUGAUGAUUGUGACACAGACUCACAACCGCUAUUGCAGGAAUUGGGGCUUUCCGCCCCUUCAGCACCGAAAGAAAUGGAGCCAGGAGGCAGAUCCGGUGCUGGCAGCGGAAAAAAAGGAAGACCCCAGCAGAACACGCUUCAAGCCGCUUUCUUGGACUGCAGCCUCUGUGGGAAGGUUUUCAGCAGCACCAGCUCCCUCAGCAAACACUACGUGACCCACAGCCAGGAACGGAAGCACGUCUGUAAGAUCUGCGGCAAAGCCUUUAAGAGACAGGAUCACUUGAGUGGCCACAUGCUGACUCACCAAAAGACAAAGCCCUUCAUUUGCAUAGAACAAGGUUGCAAUAAGAGCUACUCGGACCAUCGAUCGCUCCGCCGGCAUUACGAAAUGCAUCACGGCUUGCGGCUGUUGAAAGACGAAGAAGCCUGUGAGAGCACACCGCCUUCCCACGACUCGCUCACCCAGAUGGGACAGACCGGCUUGAGAGCCCCAGAAAACUUGGCUGCUCACCCAGACUCUCCAGGGCCCAACAAUUCCAUCCUGCCCAACCGAGACUUGCUGAGAUGUAUUGUCAGUAGCCUGGUGGGGCCAAAGCUGCCGUCCACCCCGUCGUCGUCUGUCGGACAGAGCGAAGCUGACCCCCGAGGACCCUUGCAACCUUGCAGCUCGGUCUACGGCCAGAUUUCGUGUCUUCCCACCAGCACCACAGCGGCCAGAGAAACCCCCGGCGAGAAAGCCAUGAAGGAGAUUUACCCUUGCCAAAAGAACGUGCCUUCUUCCAGCAUGUACACGAUCAUCAACACCGGGAAUUUGUCGAUACUGGGGCCCUCGGAAAGCCGUACAAAUUUCCCCGACCGGCCUCCCCAUUCGGAACGCGAGCUCCCUUUAGAAAGCAGCGCUUUGGAGUAUUGGUCCAACAGCGGCGUCCCUCGUUUCCCCUUACUCCGAGGCCAGAAGGUCCCCACCACCACUCAGCAGCCGAGCGGCAGCGUCCAGUGGGCCAGAAAUGCGCCCCCAGUUGGCACCAAAACCAAAGGACAUGGUCUCUACGUGGCUCAACAUGAGGCUUCUCAAGGGAUGGUGGGGCCACCCCACGCGUUUGACUUCACGAGACUCAGCUUCGAGUGUCCAGAUGCUAUACCGUUCCCCCCGGCCCCUUUAAAGACCCAAGAAGAAGCUUCUGGAGAGGCCAAACUCAGAUGCUUUGAAGAGACCUUUAGUCCAGUGGCCAGACUUUCGGACGUCCCAAAGCACAGCCUCCUUCAGAAGGGCGAGACCGUGCCACUCUUCCGGCCUCUCUUCGCGAAACCCCAGGAAUCGUCUCUCAACCAGGACCAGGUGCAAGUCCAGAGUCAUCUUUUCCAGAGGAUCACCAAAUCUCAACACAUUGUGUCCCACACCAAGGUGCUGGCUCCGUCGAAGCUGGCAGCUGCGGGGGUCGAACCGGGGGGAGCAAAAUCAGCUGCCCAUGGCUUUCAGCAGCAGAAAGAUUUGGGUCGCCCGGUGGCGCAGCCGAUGGGGAACGACGGGCCUCCUUCGACGCCGUUUCAAGCAGACUUUCCAUCUGAUCUCGAAAAGCUGCCUCCGCCGUCUUUUCCGUCGUCUGCCGCACCCUCUGGAACCCCGAGUGGCACUUCUCAUGCUAAGCACCCCCGGCCUUUGAAAAGAUGUCUAGAGUGUAAAGACUUUCCCAGCCCUAGUCAGUCAGCCUCGUACGAAAACACCCCGGGAAACCACACUUACGGGAAGCCAAGGCAGUUGGAAAAAGACUCUCCUUUGCCAAGAAAGAAAGAGAAGACCAAGGCUUGCCCUAAGGAGUUGGGCAGCAAGGGACAUUCUCGUAGCGGUAGACCCCGCCGGAAGGAAAAACCCAAGUUUGAUAUCGCGUCCAUGGCUUCUCCCAGUCAAGUCGCCAUGGCUUCCUUUUCUUUGCCCAGCACCUCAUUUGAUAGCGGGUCCAGAGCGAAGCCCAAGCUGACGAUUUUCAACAGAAUUCAGGGUGGAAAUAUCUACAGCUUUACGAAUGCGAUCAAAGAGGAAUGCUUUUCCCCUGGGUGUAGUAAGACUGAGGCAGAUCUUGGAGACAGGAAUGAGAAAGGGAACAGCUUUCGCUGUGCAACCUGCAAUCAGCUGUUUUAUACCGAAAGGGGCCUGAACAGUCAUAUGUGUUUCUAUGGUGAGCAGUGGCAGUCUCCGGCAGGGAAGGAAAAGCAGCAGGCCUACGAGGCAGAGCAGUUCCAGCCUCAGAAGUGGCCCUUCCGGGCAGCCACAGACCGAGCUGUCCAUCCCGAAAUGAACAGGUCUUCAGAAGAGGGACCCGUGGCCCCUAUAGUCAUGCCUGUCUCUGUGCCCAUAAUGGCUGCCCACCAACAGCAAGUGAACGAGAAGGAAAGCCAGGAUGAUAAAGAUCUUCAGGAAGGCAUGCCCCCCAAGAAGAAGAAGAAGAGGGCUCAUCCCAAAUCCCUGCUCAUCCCACCACCUGCUGGGAGUGAGAUUCAAUCUGGUCCCGGAGGAUGCUACCAGAGUAACCUGCGCUCACCUGUCUUCCUCAUGGACCAUUUUCUUCAAGGCUUAAUGCAGUUCUCUCCGUACACACCACCCCCAAUGCUCAGCCCCAUUCGGGAGGGCUCUGGCCUCUACUUCAACACUCUCUGCUCUGCUUCUACAAAUCCCACUCCUGCCUCCAUGUACGCCUCUGUUUUAGAUGGAAUGGAUGGAGCUCUUCUAUUCUCCCUAGUGAAAGAUACUACAAAAAUUAACAUAGAACCGCACAUUAACAUUGGGAGCCGGUUCCAGGCAGAGAUCCCUGAUCUCCAAGACAGAUCAAAUCUAGAGGACUACGAGCACCCAGCCUCACUAGUCUGGAAGCCCUGGGGGGACAUCGUCACCAACAAGGAAACCCAGAAAAGAGUGGCAGAUCUGCUAAAGCUGGCCUGCUCCAGCGCGAUGCCAGGCGGAGGAACCAAUUUAGAACUAGCCAUACAUUGUCUGCAUGAAGCCCAAGGAAACAUUUUGGAAGCGCUGGAGAUGAUGCUACUCCAAGGGCCACAGAAGCCUCCUGGCCAUCCUCUGGCUAACUACCAUUACUCAGGUUCACAUCUGUGGACUCCUGCUGAGAAGCAGUUGUUCAAGAAAGCCUUUGCCUUGCACAAGAAGGACUUCUACCUCAUACAGAAGAAGAUACAGACUAAGACUGUUUCUCAGUGUGUCGAAUACUACUAUAGUUGGAAAAAAAUAUUAAAAUUCGACUGCAACCGAGCGCCAGUGGGAGAAAAGAGAGCCAGGACUGAGCAGGAUGAGCUAGAAUUGGAUGAAGAAAAGAUUGUAUGCAGCCCCAAGAAGAGGCACUGCCACCUGCCUGAACAGGAGAAUAAGCUGAAUCAGGACUUACAAAAAGCAGCGCAGGGGGCCUUCAGCCCAACCAGCCCAGAGGACGUUCCAAGAUGA